CGGGAGGAAGGAGCGGCGGCUGGAGCUGCGCGUCGGGGUCCGCGCUGGCCCGAGGCCCCGGCGGCGGCCGCCCGGGAGGAUGCGGCGGUAUCACCGUAAAUAAAGACCUUGAAUGACGAUGAUACUUUGUACCAUUUGUCAGCUGGGAGGAGAAGUACCGAGGGAGCUCAAGGCAAAGCAUUCUCAGUUAUCAAUGUGUCCAGCUUGAUGCAGAGCUGUGGAUAUUGGCUGUUUGCCAGAGCCAGGAAAUGUGUGCCGCUUAAGUUAUUCCUACGGCAGAGAUGAAGCCUGGGAAAACAUCACAUCUGAAGGAUUUACUUGGAGUAAAAGAUCACUGACUUCUACAAUGGAAAAAUCAUGGAUGCUUUGGACCUUUGUUAAAAGAUGGCUACUAGCUUUGGCUUCCUGGUCUUGGAGUCUCUGCCGUAUUUGUCUUUUGCCCUUGAUAGUGACCUUUCACUUGUACGGAGGCAUUAUACUCCUUGUAUUAAUCUUUGUCUCGAUAGCGGGUAUAUUAUAUAAAUUCCAGGAUGUCCUGCUUUACUUUCCUGAGCAGCCCUCUUCAUCACGCCUUUAUGUUCCUAUGCCUACUGGUAUACCACAUGAAAACAUCUUCAUCAAAACCAAAGAUGGAGUUCUUCUCAAUCUUAUUCUGCUGAGAUACACGGGGGACAAUGCAGCGUAUUCUCCAACCAUCAUUUACUUUCAUGGAAAUGCAGGCAACAUCGGCCACAGGUUGCCAAAUGCUUUGCUAAUGCUGGUAAACCUGAAAGUAAACUUAAUUCUGGUCGAUUACAGAGGGUAUGGCAAAAGCGAAGGAGAAGCGAGCGAAGAAGGCUUGUACUUAGAUUCUGAGGCUGUCUUAGACUAUGUGAUGACUCGGUCUGAUCUUGAUAAAACAAAAAUUUUUCUUUUUGGCCGUUCCUUGGGGGGAGCAGUAGCUAUUCACUUAGCUUCUGAAAAUUCCCAUAGGAUUUCUGCCAUCGUGGUGGAGAACACCUUUCUUAGCAUCCCAUACAUGGCCAGCACUUUGUUCUCUUUCUUUCCGAUGAGAUAUCUUCCGUUAUGGUGCUACAAAAAUAAAUUUCUGUCCUACAGAAAAAUCUCUCAGUGCAGAAUGCCUUCACUCUUCAUCUCUGGGUUGUCUGACCAGUUAAUUCCACCUGUUAUGAUGAAGCAACUUUAUGAGUUAUCCCCAGCUCGGACUAAGAGAUUGGCGAUAUUUCCUGAUGGGACUCACAAUGACACUUGGCAGUGCCAGGGUUAUUUCACUGCACUUGAACAGUUCAUCAAAGAAGUAAUAAAGAGUCACUCCCCUGAAGAAAUGGCGAAAACAUCAUCUAAUGUAACAAUAAUAUAAUUGAUAUUCUUCUUUGGUGGUGGGGUGGGGCAAGUACCUGCACUGUACCUUGAUUUGUGAUAAGUGGUAAAAGAAUGUCUGUUUUUAAAUGUAUGUCAUGUCUGUACUUGCCUAAAGAGUGAAAUUAAACUUGGAAAGGUCUGAUAUUUUAUUAAGGUGUUCCAGAUAAUUUUUACAUUGGCAGCAUUGUAAAUGAACCAUUUUAUGUCUUUCUCAUACUUUUUUGGUAUCUCUGUCCAUAUAUUCCAUUUGUUUGAUAUGUACAACAGAUGCUAUUAAAGAAACUUGCUACAAAAGUAGUACAGAAUGUAUUUAGAACAUCGGGAGGCUCUUUGGUAUUCACUGCUGUAUGUGUGAGCUUUUUGGACAGCCAUGGUUAGCACAAUGAUUUGUUACUUCUUUUAGAGUUUAUUUAAAAUGUGCCAUGCAUGAGAUUAGUGUUUUAUUUCUUGAAAUUUUAUAUUAUGCAGAAUGGGAAAUCUUUAAUGUGCUAAAUAAUAUAAAAUAUCAUAAAUGGUAGAGUAUACUUGCAGGUAUACUAUCCUGGGUUAUUACUGGUUUCUAUGGUUAUGCAAACUUACAUAUGUCAGACUGCAGCUGAAGAUGAAAAGAUACUUUCCUUAUUUUUAUUUGCUAUUUGUAUUAUAAUAGUGCCCAGAAGGUUGUAUGUGCCUAACAUCAUGACUUGAGGAUUUUACCCAGGCAAUUUCUUUACAGAAAAUAGAAGUAACUUCUUCUUUCAGAGAUCAGUGCAAUCUAAGCUCCUUUCUGCCUCAAGCUCUCCUCACUAAUGUACAGGCAAACUAUUUGUUAGUACUAGCUUGCUUGUGCAUUUGAGGUAGUAUUUCUUAAGGCAAAAUGGGUGGUCAUAAAAGGUAAAAGUAGGUUUUUGUGUUCAGACUUUUAUGCUUGUGUAGUUAAAUAUUUGUUCACUUUAUUUAUACCUCCUAAGGAAACACAUUCAAAUAAUUACCAGAGAUAAAUGUGUAUAGUUGUUACAGUGGCCAUAAUGAAAAUGAGCAGAUAGUCCUUGGUGGUCAUAUCAUGAGGUUCAGCAAGAAGAAAAGAUGGGGUCAUAACAACCCCAUCAACAACCCCAUCCAGCACUACAGGCUGGGGAGUGACGGGCUUGAGAGCUGGUCAGCAGAAAGAGACUUGGAGGUGCUGGUCAGCCCUGGAUGUAAUGGAUGGAUGUAAGCCUGCAGUGUGUCCCAGUGGUCAAGAAGGCCAAUGGCAUCUUGGCCUAUGUUAAAAAGUGUGGCCAGCAGGACCAGGGCAGAGACUGUCCCCUGUACUUGGCACUGAUGAGGCCACACUUCAAAUCUUGUGCUCGAUUCUGGGCCCCUCACAAAAGAAUGAUAUUGAGGUGCUGGAGCAAGUCCAGAGAUGGGCAGCAAUGCUGGGAAGGGUCUGGAGCACAAGUCCUGAGGAGCAACAGGGAGCUGGUGGUGUGUAGUCUGAAGAAAAGGUGCCUCAGGGAGACAUUGCUCUACAACUACUUGAAAGGAGGCUGUAGCAAAGUGGGCAUCAGCCUCUUCUGCCAUGUUUCAAGUGCAAGGAUGAAAGGAAAUGGCCUUGCAUCAAAGAAGGUUCAAAUUAGAUAUUAUAAAACAAAUUUUGCUGAAAGAGUGGUUAGCCAUUGGACUAAGUUGCCCAGGGAGGUGGUGGAAUCACCAUCUCUGGAAUCCCAUGAGUUGUCUGGAUGUGGCACUUGGGGAUAUGGUUUAGUCAUGAUGAUGGUUGUGGUUAGGUUGAUGAUUGUACCUUGAAGGUCUCUUCCAACCUUGUUGAUUCUGAACAAAGGCAUGCAGUUAGCUCAGUCUCUAAUGGAGUGGGAGCUGUCUAGAUCUCUUCUGCAGGUUUAAUUGUUCAUCUGCUGCAGCUGAGUUUGCCUCUUCCAAGUUGUUUUUUUUUUAAUGGAAAGAACAAAUCGAAAAAUCUUCCACACAACCUGUAACGUUUCCCUUUGGAUUCAAAUUUUUCAGUAAACUUUUCUGCCGUGUCCUGAUUCAGAAAAGCAUCUUGGCACACACUUAAAAUCCGUUUCCUGAGGGACACAUUUUAAGUCAUAUUUUAAGCUUGUAAUUAAGGUCUCUGGUUGAAUAAAACUGCUUUCCUGAACUGG